AUGGAUGCUUUAGUUGCUUAUGGAUCUGACAGUGAAAACAGUGAUUAUGGAGGGGAUGAAUUGAGAGAGAGAAGAAGAUCUAAAAGUGGAGGAAGGGAUAAUAAUGAAGUUAAACAAAAAGAAAUUGAUACAAGGAUGGAUGAUAUCGAUGAUGAUGGAAGUAAAGCACCUCGACAACAUGCUGCAGCUGAUAUAGAUAGUAGUGAUACAGAAUUUGACGGCCCUGCAAGAGAGGAUGGGGAAGAUUCUGAAGAUGAAAAUGAAGAUAUUAUGGAACAGGAAGAUGAGGGAAAUGAAACAGAAGAAUUUGUGUUAAGUGGAAUUCCAAAACAUUUACUUUCGGCAGACCCCCAAACUUCAAUAGCUGGGGCCUCAACACCGGGAGGGGCUGCUGGUUAUACCCCACGUGCACUCCCACCUGAAGAAGAAGCUGCUUUGUUGGCAGCUGAUGAAAAGCAAUUUACAGAUCAACAACAGGCAGCAAUUGGUGUUCAAGUACCUCCAUCACCCCCUGGGGGAUGUUCGCCUACUUUAAUGAGAAAAUUUGCCGGUUUUUUUGAAAGAAAAGAGCAUGGAUUAAAUAUGAAUGCAAUGAUUAAAGGCCGUCGGGAUUUUAAUAAUCCUUCACUUUAUGAAACUUUGGUAGAUACUUUUGGUAUUGACGAGAAAGGAACUAAUUUUUCAUCUGAAGUGUUUGACCCUAGAGCUUUUCGGCCAGAAGAUUUUUAUAUAGCUUUGGGUAGGUUUUUGAUAAAAUAA